UUUUUCUGCGUAAUGUUGGUACGAAAUGUAAUUCUACUGGACUCACGUAUGUGUGCGUGAGCUCACAUUCAAUGUACUAAGUGCCGCCUCUUCUUACGUAGUAUAUUACUUACUCUAUGGCUCACGUCUUGUACUUACUUUUUCCUAUGUGUUGGUAAAAUUAUAAUUUUUAUUUAUUUGUUUACUAGCGUCUCGUGUUUACAUAAUAAAAUUGAUGAGGGAGUGAAAUAACUUAAUCAAGAAACAUGAAAUUAAUAUAUUCAAUGAGGCGCAAGCCGCUGAAAUGCGAACCGCCACACUUUGAAAGUCCCACGGACACAGAUGUAGUGCGCCCAAUAUGCACUAUAUCGGUUGGAAAUAUCAUAGCAUUCUCCUCGCCUACGGAGCUGACGGACGUCGAAGGCGACACUUGGGGUGGACAUGUAUACGUGUGUGACUUAGACACACCAUGGGACAGCCACAAAGUCACCAGUACAGCUUACCCUGUGAGUAUCAUCACUUUCGAGUGGGACUGUGAAGGCAAACAAUUGCUGGUCGCAACCACAGAGGGAGACAUCUCAGUUUUUGGACAGAAAGAGUACCUGUUAAAUGAGUGGACUUGCCUUUACAGCACUAAUAUUCCAGGUGAACACAUCAUUAAAUCAGCAUUCUUUCACAAUGGACGCAGAAUUGUUACUGUAGACAAGAAACUCGAUGCCCUUAUCACUGAAAAAAUACAGAUGCUUAGAUCUACACCCACUCUUAAAGGUUUUGGUGGUGUGGCCUGUGAAGGCGCGUGCUCAGUCACAGCUAGCGGUCUUAUUUGCGCCUUGACUGGCCCGGCGACAGGCGGGGGCUCAGACGGUGCGCGCGCCCUCUGUACUACUGAGUGCCUGCGACCUACACGCGACCAUGUCACUGAUGCUGCCAUCGCCUACAAGAAUGGCAACUUGUUGGUGGCGUGUGCGUGCCGCGGCUUGGGCGGCAGCGGCGCUCGCUGCGUGCGGUGCUACGUGUGCUGCGUGUCGCGCCCGCCCGGAGCCGCGCCCGCGCUUGCGCUGCAACCUCUGCCCGCCAUCUACCUGUCAGACGACGACACGCACACACCCACGUCACUGACGUGGUGUCUGCGAGAGGAUACGGACUCACUGCUCGUGGCGGGCGCGACGCUGUCUCUAUGGAAGUGCACAGAGCGAGCGCAUGCGGUACACAAAUUACUCUCCAAAGGUCCAUUACAAGGAAGCACAACACCUGGUGGUGGACAAAAAACAACCUCAGAUUGUUUCAAUACUGUUGUGUGGCAGAAGACGUGCAUGUGGGCGGUGGAGUGCGGGCCGGCGGUGUGCGUGCGCAGCGGCCGGCUCAGCGCCGCGCCGCCGCACGCCGUGCUCGCCACCGCCAGGCAUCUGCGGCUGCUCUCCAGGGACUCGCACCACUACUUAAGCAAUACCAUCCAAGUGGUAAGCCACGGGACACCUGGCGUGGCCGCAGAAGUUACCCCGGCUGGCGCUGCCACGCCACCUAAGAAAACUAAAUAUGGACCAGGAGCCCUUUCAAACGGUAGCGGGUGCGCGCUAGUGUCAUGCGUGGAGCUGUCCCAGCUGGGCGGCGUGGUGGUGGUGAUCGACACUCACGCGCAGCUACACGUGUACCGACUGCCGCAGCCGUGGGCUGACAUACCACUACCCCUGGCUGUACAACACACCACCACGCUGUUGGAGUAUUCGAUGGUGUCAGGAUAUGACUGCCUCGAUGUGCUGAUGACGCUCAAACCUAACAUCAUAGAACCUGUUUAUGAAAGGCUAACGGAAUCAUUCCAGCGGCAACCUCAAUCUUUCCAGCAGUAUUAUUACCAUAGUUGGUUGAAGCUCAGGAUCGCGUUAUGCAGGGUGUCUCUACAGUGGCAGAACAGCGGCACGUGGCUGACGUGCCUGCAGAUGGCGCAGGCGGUGUGGGCGGCGGCGUGCGCGGCGGCGGCCGACGAGCGGCCCGACGCGCGCCCCGACCAGCCGCACCACGUCAUAUACGCGCUCAUCGACGACCACCACCACGACCAUGAUAAGAGCCUGGUGGCGCUGGAGGCGAAGACGGAAGUGUUGUCGGAGGCGUUGCCGCUGCAGCCGCUGCGACUAGCGCUGCAGCGCGCCUGCGACACCGCGCUCACCGCGCUGCUCACACUCACACACCAUCACCAUCAGCCACACGGGUACGAGCUGUGCGCGGACCCGUCGGCGGUGCUGCUGUUGCGCAAGCUGGUGGUGCUGGCGCGCGCGUGCGGGCGCGGCGCCGACGCGCUCAGCCGCACGCUCGCGCGCCUCGCCGCCUCCAACACACCCAAGCAGGACCUCAUUGAGGAAUGUGCGUCUCUCGCAGCACAGUCAACGGGUCCGCGAGUCUGGGAGUCCCUUCCGCGAUGCAGUGUUUCUGCGCCACAUGGCAAGCAAUGGCCGUUAUACUUGGAGUAUGGAGUGGAGCCAGAAGCAUUAAAAUUCAUCCCAGAGGCACCAGCGUACGCACAGUGCGAAACAACACCGUCUUUAGCUAUGGACUCUAUACGGUACAUGUACCUGGGGGGCGGACUGCGGCCGGCGCGCUGGCGGCAGUGCGCGCGCUGCGGCGCUCGGGCGCUUCCCGCCGCGCAGCCCUCGCGGCACCCACUGCAACGCGCUUACGACGCCAGGUUCCUCUCCAACUGCAGAUGUGGGGGCAAAUGGACACUGUUCUCAAAUAUUUAAGAAAAAUACUGAAUAUAUUAUAUGUACAUACAUAAUAAAAUAUAAUAAAUUGAUUUG